AUGGCUAUUGAAGACCCUAUCACACACGACAACUUAAAUCAAAAAAAGACGUUUCUGAGAAGUACACAAGACAUGAUUACUGGUCAUUGGACGGUCCCGCCUAAGCACCGGACAGUCGAACAAGAUGCGGCUGAAGAGUGGCUUAUCACGUGCUACCUCGGCAACAACCGGUACUUUUCGCUGCCGUUUCUGCGUUUCACGAGGUGGUAUCUCUUCUUCGCCAGCUUUCUGGUGCAAUUCUGCAUUGGCUCGCUUUACUCGUGGUCUGUAUUCAACAAACCCAUUGAUUUGCAUGUUUACGGUAACGAGAAGGCUGGUCGUGCAGUUGACGCCUUUUACAUAUCGGUCGGUGUUUUCGGUACAACCACAGCAAUUAUGGGUCCGUGGAUCGAACGCCGUGGACCCCGUGCUGGGGUGGUCCUUGGUACUUCAUCCUUCCUCAUUGGCAAUAUAAUCGUAGGUAUUGGCGUGUACUACAAGGCGAUUGCAGCCAUUUACAUUGGUUACGGCAUUUUCUGUGGCUUUGGCAUGGGUCUCUGCUACAUUUCUCCCGUGUCGACGUUGCAGAAAUGGUUUCCGGACUACCGUGGCACUGCUGCCGGCUUUGCAGUGGGUGGGUAUGGAGCCGGAUCGGUCGUGUGGGCCAAGGUCUAUCUUCCGUGCAUUGAUGCGAUUGGUUUGUCGUCAACAUUCAUUCUCAUCGGUUGCGUGAUGGCUUUUGCCAUGUACAUGUCUGCUCUCGUAUUACGCUCACCUCCCUUCGGUUUCGUGGUGAGUGGACUCAAUAUCCAUGGAGAAGAAGUCGACAAAGCUGAUGAAGCCAUGCCCCUUGGCGAUAAAGUCAGUCCUCACGAGUACGAGUCCAUCCCGAUGACGACCAAACAAGGUGUCCAAAAGACUGUGGAUUUUACCCCCGCUACGGAAACGUUGAUUCGCAAUCUCACGCUAAUUGAUGCCAUCAAGACGCCAGACUUCGUGUGCAUGUACAUUAUGUUUUUUGGAAAUCAGCUCUACGGUCUCAUCGUGCUGUCUAAGCUCUCCAGUAUGUGCACCGAUAUAUUUGACAAGUCUGCCAAUCAAGCUUCGGACAUCGUAUCUAUCAACGGUGUAUUCAACUGCUGCGGUCGCUUGGUGUUUCCGCUCCUGUCCGACGUCUUCGUGCGGAAAAUCAAAAUGGAACACGCUUUCGCGCGUAAAUGCUUGUAUUUUUACGCGCUAGCGUCGCAGGCAGUUAUCCUCGGCACAAUCCCGAUUAUUAUGCGCAACAACAACUAUUCUGCAUUUGUGGCUGAAGUGUUCAUCCUGACAGCAAGCUACGGUGGUGGGUUUGGUACAAUUCCGGUUUUUUUAACCGACAUGUUCGGCGCCUUUAAUAUCGGUGCUAUGCAUGGAUUGAUCCUGACGGCGUGGUCGAUCGGUGGUGUUGUGGGAGGUAUCACGUUUAACAACACGUACAGUGACCAGAUCGCGGACGGUUGGGACAUCCGUGAAGCGUAUAUCUACAGUGUUCGCCGUAUAUUGGUCAUUGUGAUCGUUGGCUUCAUGCUUCUCUUUUUAGUACGUACCAAAGGCGCCGAUCGGUUUGCUCCAGGCUACCGCCUUAGCAUCUUUGGAAGACGCGUUAUCAACAUCAAAGGUAAACAGGAGAUAAUGAAGGAGGAGCCGCUCAUGAUGCAGCGUAGUAACCCGACUUAA